CGCUCCCUGUCAUUAGGUUCUCACUCGGAGCUACAGUCAGAACGCACACACCUCUCACCCGGACCCAAACCCAAACCCAAACCCAAUCUCCAGAUCCAGAUCCAGAUCCAGUCCUAACGAUGGCCGACGGCUUUAAGAAGUACUUCAAUGGGACAACCCUCAAUGGACGCGCCAACGUGGCCAAGGCCACAUACGCCACGUUGGCCCUGUUGUUCAUCGUGUACAAGCUGCGCCGCGGAUCAGGCAAGGCCGGCGAGUUGGCCAGCGGCAAGUGCAGCUGCGAAUCUGACCACGGCUCGUCCCUCAAUGGCGACGUAGGCGUCUACGGCGUGGAUCCCGACUGCUCCGUGUGCCGGGAGCGAGCGGACCGGGCCAUGAGCGAGUUCGAUCGCGAGCAGCAGCGGCGGGCGGCGGGCGAGGAUGGCAAUGGGUGUCGCGACGAUCCGCCGCCGCCACCUCCUCCACCCGCAUCGGGUGGAUCCGGCUCAGCUGCGCGCCGCAAGUGUCCCUGCGAGGAGCCGCAGCGGCGAGCGGAGGGAGCCGCGAAGCAUAGCAGCCACAGCAGCAGGUCGGGGGGCCAUCAGAUCCAGCCGCCACAUCAGUACCAACAGUACACGCAGCCCGAGCCAGAGCAGGUGCGUCCGGCUAGCCAAGUGUUGGGUCAGGUGCACGACGCCUUUUUCAGGGUGCUGCGAGGAGUCGUGGGUGCCAUUUUGGGCAAUGCGGCGGUCAACACCAGCGGCACCGCUACUUAUGCCCCUGCACAGCCCGUCGCAGUGGAAGUCUCGCGGGAUGAGCUCGAUGACGAAGAGUUUGACGACGACCAGGAUGAUGAAGUGCCGUUGAAGCGCCGCACGGCACCGCGCUCUUGCGUGCCCACCAGGAGUCAGCCGAAGGGCCAGAAACAGGCUGGCGCCCAGCCGCAGUCGGAUGAACAGGCGGAGUACAGCGCCUUCAACGAUGGAUUCACUUCCGGCCUGUACUUCGCCGACGAAAAGUAGCUUGCGUGCUGGCGAUUUGGCGAGGUCAGGGAAUACGCUUCUUUCGAUCUGCAAAAUUGUUAGUCUAAAAUAUAUGCGAUGAACUGCAUUAUCUUA